AUGGCACCCCAACCCACCCUCCGCCCCGCCACCCCAGCCGACAUCACCCCCUGCGCCGCCAUCGCCUACGCCGCCUUCCGCCCCUCCGCUCUCAUCCGGCACAUGGCGCCCAUCUCAGACGAGGUCGAGCUCGGCUUCUGGACCGCCAUUGUCGGCGCCGUCUUCCAGGACGCCACUAACAACAACACCCAUCUGGUUAUUGCCGAGGACGCGGCCUCGGGCGAGGUAUUGGGGUUCGCGAAGUGGGUGUUUGUGGGGGAGGGGGACGCGCUGCCGGGGAUUGCGGGGAGUGCUGUUUCGGGGCUUGGGGGUGGUGGUGGUGAGGAGGUGGGGGGAGAAGGGGGGGGAGAUGUGUUGGGGGAGUUGGUGAGGGAUAAGGAGUUGGCGAAGGUGUAUUUUGGCGCGCAGGCGAAGCAGCAUGAGCGGUUUAUGGGUGGGCGGGCGCAUUGGUAUUUGGAGUUGAUCUCUACGAAGCCGGACAUCAAGGGGAUGGGGAUUGGGAGGAAGUUGGUGCAGUGGGGGGUGGAGAAGGUGGAUGGGGAUGGGGUCGAGGCAUACUUGGAGGCUUCGCCCCAGGGGAGAGGAUUGUUUGAGAGGUUUGGGUUUGAGGUUUUGGAGAAACUUGUUUAUUUGGACGGGGGUUACGUUGAGUGUUCGAUGGUGAGAGCUGCGAAUUCGAAGGGAGAAUGA